CUCUUACAGUUCUAAGACAUCCACAAGAACACACGACAUGUCUGGACGGAAAGAAACAGGGCACAAACGCAAGCUGUACGUACCAGCCCGGUACGUGUUCCUCGCGAUACGCGUGUUGGACAUGUUUUUGUCUUCCUUCACGGAAGGCGUCAUGCCACUGGCGAUCACCAGCAUGGUCAGAACUACCACCACGACGACAUCCGACACCACCACUGCAGCCAACGUGUCUUUGACGUCGUCGGACAUGUGCCCAGGAUCUCCCGAGGUCACCAACAACAGUUCUUCGAGCGACAGCAAGGGAGGAGACUUCGACUGGAGCGAGCUGACGCAGAGCUACGUCUCCAACGGGCCCACGUACGGCUCCGUGCUGACCAUGAUGCUGGCGGCCCGCCUCGUGCUGCUGUGGAGCCCCAAGCUCAUGAUGGCCGCCGGCGGGAUCCUGACCGUCGCACUCACCGCCCUCACGCCUGCCCUGGCCCACUGGGACGUCAGAGCUCUCAUCGCGGCCCGGGUGUUGCUGGGGAUACCCUCGGGAAUCAACAUGCCCGCCAUGUUCGCUCUCGACUCCACGUGGUUCCCUCCGAAUGAGCGCCAACAGAUGGUUGGUGUUAUCUUCGGAUCUUUGAAUGUUGCCAGCAUCGCUUCGUCUAGUGUGACCGGCUAUUUAAUUGAAAGAUUUGGCUGGGAAGACGUGUUCUACAUCUUCGCAGUGAUGAAAUUUGUAGGCCUGUGCCUGUGGAUUUUCAUAAUCCAUGAUUCUCCUGGAAAGCAUCCCAGGAUAUCCGAAGAGGAAAAAAAUUAUAUCACAUCGACUGUAAAAAAAGAAACAGAAGUGAAGCUUCAAGUUCCUUGGCUACAAAUAUUUCUGUCUGCUCCCGUGUGGGCAUACCUUUCUGUUUCAAUCUCAAAUGUGUGGAUUAUGUUCUUGCUGAGUGUCGAACUACCAACAUACCUGACGAAGAUGCUGUACUACAGCACAACUGAUGCUGGCUACCUUGUGUCGGCUUGUAAUGCUAUGGCAUUCAUCGUUCAAGUCAGCAGUGGCUUCCUCUCCCAGUGGCUCAGAGGAAAGGGCUACAUCAGCCAACUGACAUCAUACAGGAUAUUUAAUGCUGUUGUGACGCUGGGUUCAGCUGCCGCCAUCAUCGGGAUCACGCUGUCAGGCUGCGACACCACGGCGAUUGUGGUGCUCCUGCUGUUCAUCAAAGGCUUCCAGUCGGUCAUCAUAGCCGGCAGCUUCCUCAACCACAUGGACCUGGCCAUCAACUUCGUGCCGACCCUAUCCGGGAUCAACGGCACCGUCAGUAGCAUUGUCGGCAUCAUCUCGCCAACCAUCGCCGCAGCCAUUAUCAACAACAAUCAAACUUUGACAGCUUGGAAAGAAGUAUUCUACAUUUCUGCUAUAGUGUCAGCUGUUCCGUACGUCAUAUUUCUUAUUUUUGGAUCCGUGGACGAACAACCAUGGAACAAGGUUCCAAAUAAAGAUGAAACACUCGAUCCAGAAGAACCUCAAGUCAAAUCAAAACAAAGCAGUGUGUCCAGUGAAGAUGUCAACAAAACAUAAACUCGUUAAAAAGAAUAUAAUCUGUAGGUAUACAAGUUGUAUAAGUACAGUACAUGUAAUUCUAAGAAUUAUUGUGCUGAUCGUGAUUCAAUGACGGACGUUACAGAUUACAUUGUUUUAUGU